CCUCCUCCUCCUCUUCCCUCCUUCCCUGCCUCCUCCUCCCGGGCGAGGGCAUCGCCAUGGCCGAGGUGCCCACCGUGGUCCGCAUCAAGGUGGCCCUCAAGAUCCAGCCCAACGACGGGCCCGUCUACUUCAAGGUGGACGGACAGCGCUUCGGGCAGAACCGGACCAUCAAGCUGCUGACGGGGGCCAAGUACAAGGUCGAGGUGGCCAUCAAGCCCGGCACCGUCCAGGCCACGACCAUGGGUAUAGGAGGAGUAACUAUCCCCCUGGAACAGACGUCAAAAGAAGCCCAGCUUGUUACUUACACCGGCAUCUAUGACACAGAAGGCGUGACUCACACCAAAAGUGGAGAGAGGCAGCCAAUACAAGUCAACAUCCAGGUCACUGACAUCGGGGCUUUUGAAACAGUCUGGCAAGUUAAAUUCUACGACUACCACAAGCGAGACCAUUGCCAAUGGGGGAACAGCUUUGGCUGCAUUGAGUACGAAUGCAAACCCAAUGAGACCCGCAGCCUCAUGUGGAUAAACAAAGAAACCUUCUUCUGAAGCAAAGUGCAACAGCUGUGGUGGGACAAUCUCUGGAUUAAAGAACCUGUCUUCAAGCCGGUGUGAAGCCUUAACAGAGGCACUCUUGAACAGAUGCUUUUGUUGAACAAACUACAAUCCAAAGCACACUUACUUGGGACAACGUUUCUUAAGAAAUGCUGGGGACUUGUUUCCAAGUAAAUGUGCUUAAGACCCUAUGUGGGUGUAUUUAUGUAUAUAUAUAUUAAAAUUGGGGUAUUGCUGGAAUUUGAUAAUUAUUUACUCCACCCUGCAAAGCUGAACUGUGCUGCACCUUCAAGAUAGUGAGCCUACCAGAUCCCAAAACUGCACUUCCCAUUGAGGAUUGGAAAUCUCCCACUAUGCAGUCAUCUUUGAGAUGGAUUGCUUUUCGCAACGUGCCCCGAAUCUUUGUUUUUAAUAUCCAGCUGCGACCUGGUGCCGUCAGCUUCUGUAUUUUUGUUGGUGAUCAAUCCCUGCACACCUUGUGAGUUUGGUGCAGUGUGACUUAGCUCCUAUUGUGCCAUACGCUUUAAUUAACCUUACUUCCUGUCAUCCUUCUUUCAAUAUCUCUAUAUAGUAUGGUAUGUAGUAACAGUGCAAAUUCUGGCAAGAAAUAGCAACAGCCCUGUUGAAGUUCAGUUUGUGUCUCGUGACGGGAAGCGGGUUGUUGAAUGUCGUACACCGUUUUGACUUUCCUGUCAUGUGAGGUUUGUUGAUGGUCUCCCAGUCCCCAAAUCAGUUCCUGAAGCCAAUGACAGUGGUGGAAUUUUCGACAAAUGUGUAGUAAGAGUGGUGAAGCAAUACUAUCUGUGGUUGUAAGUUAUUUAUGAAAAUUGCUGCUAUCUGGAUAUGCAGUAAUUAAGUAUAAUAUAUGCACAUCUAGCCCAUUGAGUUCUCAGAUUACCUGUUCCAGUGGUGUUUGUAUAUGUAAAGCAGUAUGAACGUGGUUACUAGCAGCUUUAGCGCUGUGACAGUGAUCAGUAGCCUUUCGGAUCAAACAUGGGGAUUCUUUCUGGGUUAAAAAAGAAAGAAAGUGAUUUUCCAUAAGCUUGCACAGGAAUCCGAACUCUGGUGCUAUUGUCUUAUGUAAACCUGUUUACAGUUCUGGCAAAUGAGAAGCACGUUCUGGAUCUCUAAAAAAUGUAAUGGGUGGAAAGUUGCAUCUUUCAUGCUCUACUGCCGUGGUUCUCAACCUUUUCUUCACCAUGGACCCCCUUUUAAAGACUUCUGUGUCUGCUAAAGAUUAUAUAUAUAUAUAUAUAUAUAUAUAUAUAUAUAUAUAUAUAUAUAUAUAUGACUUCUGUGUCUGUGGACCCUCAAGACCGAACUCAAGAUUAAGGUCAAAUCAAACAAUUAUUUCAAUUUUCUGAUGAAUCUCCCUCAAAUUUAAAGAGAGGGGAUAUAAAUUAAUAUGUCAAUGCACACACUCCUAUUAUAAUAAUUUGAUUAUAACGAUUCCAUACAAAUUUAAAACAACAGUAUCAACACUAAUAAUAGUGAAUACUUUAGUAAUUUAAUCCUUCACAGACCCCCUAUGAAAACAUUAUGUACCCCAGGUUGAGAACCACUGCUCUACUGAAUUCAGAUGGUUAUGUGUUUGCAUUGAUUUGCAUAUCAACUUGUGUCCUUCAUGUGCACAUUCAAUAAACUAUUAUAAUUCUUGAACUUUGUAAUAAAGGAGUGGACAGCCAGUGUUUGCUCUAA